AUGCAUUCUCCCGAGACGGCAGCGAGCGCAGUGGAAAACAUUUUGAACCAGGAAGUGGAGGAAUUAACAGAGAGGGGCGGACUUAACAUGGCUGCGAAAGAGCAGGUCGAGGGUUGGACCGAGGAGGUAGUUUGUCCCAUCUGUCUGGAUUUCUUCACCGAUCCGGUGUCACUGGAGUGCGGGCACAACUUCUGCCGCUCCUGUAUCACACAGAGUUGGGACAGGGAGGGGAGAAACUCCUGCCCGGAAUGUAGAGAGGAAUUUACCGACCGCACCCUCAAGGUGAAUCGGGCCUUGGCGAGACUGUCUGAGAAAGCUCGAACACUGAGCCUGAAUCAGACAGAGAAGGAAAGUAAACUUCAGUGUGAGGAACAUCAGGAAGAACUGAAGCUAUUUUGUGAAACGGACAAGAAGCUGAUCUGCCUGGUUUGUCGAGAUGCGCGGGAACACAGAGAUCACCGCUUCAUGCCGGUUAAAGAAGCUGUUGAAACCUACAAGGAUCAGGUGAAAUCUUCCAUCCAGUCUCUCACAAAAAAGCAAUCACGGAUCCAGCGAAUGGAGCAGCAACAGAAACAGAAGAUUUCUGGAGUUCUGGAACAGUCACACAACCUUCAGUCCGAGCUCACAUCCCAAUUUGCUGAACAGCACCAGAUUCUCAUUGAGAAAGAGCAGCGCGCACUGGCAGAUAUCCGGGAGGACGAGAAGAAGAUUCUAAAUACAAUGGAGACAAAUCUUGGAAAGAUUCAAGACAAUUUAAGUUCCAUUCAGGAGAAACUCUUAAAGUUGCAGCAACAGCUGGAUCAAAAAGACAGUCUGGUGUUUCUGAAGGAGGAAGCUGGUAGGAAGAGGAGGGUUAGUGAUGAAGAGAAAACAUUCUCAGUGACAGACGCUGCCUUGCCGAUUGAAAAAUUCGAUCACCACUUUUUGAUGAACGUGCUGUGGAGAGAAACAUCUGCCAUUAAGCGAGUCUCCGUCACCCUGGAUGUGGAAACAGCGCAUGCGCAGCUCGAGGUGUCUGAGGAUCGGAAGAGGGUGAGACGGACCGAGACCUGGAGGAGUCUCCUGUACACCACGAUCAUGCCUCCAAGCUUUCAGUAUUUACGAGGAUGUUGCCACAACUAG